CGCAAAGUUAAAUCGCGUAGCGCUAGCCGUCGUGACUCUGCGUGUUUGUAUCAAACACAGGAUCGGCACGUUAAUUUUUAUCAUCAAUUGUUUGCCUCCUUUCGUUGCUAAUCCAGCAAGAUGUUCCUAACUCGCUCCGAAUACGAUCGUGGUGUAAAUACUUUUUCCCCGGAAGGGCGGCUUUUCCAAGUUGAAUAUGCCAUUGAAGCUAUCAAACUUGGCUGGACAGCCAUUGGUAUUUGCACAUCUGAAGGUGUUAUUUUGGCAGUUGAAAAACGCACAACUUCUUUGUUGAUGGAGCCUACCAUGGUAGAAAAAAUUGUUGAAAUCGAUAAGCACAUAGGAUGUGUUUCAUCGGGUCUCAUGGCAGAUUCAAGAACCUUGAUUGAUAGAGCUAGGAUUGAAUGCCAAAAUCAUUGGUUCACAUAUGAUGAAAAAAUGUCAGUUGAAUCAGUAGCUCAAGCAGUAUCUAAUCUUGCUAUACAAUUUGGAGAUAGUGAUGAUGACGGUAGUGCUAUGUCCAGACCUUUUGGAGUUGCAUUGUUAUUUGCUGGAAUUGAUGAAAAAGGACCCCAAUUGUUUCACUUGGAUCCAUCAGGUACUUUUGUACAAUAUGAUGCUAAAGCUAUUGGUUCUGGUAGUGAAGGUGCACAACAAUCUCUUCAAGAAGUUUAUCAUAAGUCAAUGACUCUAAAAGAAGCAACAAAAGCAGCACUGAAGAUUUUAAAACAAGUUAUGGAGGAAAAAUUGAAUGACACAAACAUUGAAGUUAUGUCAAUGACACCAGAGGCCAAAUUUCACAUGUUCACAAAAGAAGAACUGCAAGAGGUGAUUAAAGAUAUUGCAUAAGUACCUAAAAUUAAUUAAAAUCAAUUUGUUCAUACCAGCAAUCAGGGAAAAAAACAUGUCAACGGCAAUCAACUUUUGCUAAUCAAUUUAUUGUCAACAUUUGGCACAGUGUCAAGUAUACAUAUUUUUCAUAUAUGUUUUCUAGAGAAAAUAUUAAAACACUAAUCAUUGUAAUUGAACUGGGAUUAUUUGAUGUUGUUGUCAACGACAUUAAUUUUAAUUAUCAAUUAAGAAUCAUGUAUGCUCUAGACAAAAAAUUAUAUCCAAGUUUUUUAUUGUU